AUAACUAAUGUGUGGAGUGGAGACAAAUUAGGCUUUAAAUUGAAUUAUAAAAAAAUGCAGAGAGGAAAUAAGCGUUGAAAUAAAAAAAAAAGAAGCAAAGGGAAAAAAGAUGACAGAAAAAGGAGAGCAGAUGGGUGUGUGGACAAAGCAUUUUUUGCAGAAAUCCUUGCAACCGAUAGUACUUUCAUCCUCCGUUUACUAGAAAUUCUCUCUACUUGCAGUAGAGGGGUAAUUACUAAUUAGAAUAGAAUAAUAUGGUGAGGCGAAAUUAAUUAGUUCAUCCGAUGCGGGCUAGCUUUAUAUUCCUGGGGACAGGUUGGUUAUAGUUUGACAUGGACGGAGAUAGAAAGUAAGUUGAGGAGAGAGAAUAGAAGAAAAAUGAGAUUUCCUUUUGGCGUUGAAUUUGGAAUUGGAAAAAGUUUGUUUAGCUGAGGCGAGAAAGUGAAAGGAGGAGAAGAUAGAGAGAGAGGAAGGAAGGAAAGCUAGGGUAUUACUUUGUUUGUGUUUGUAAAAAGCUUGUUUUGGCCACCCUUCAAAAUGUGAAUUUGUCUAUAUUGCAAGUGUUCUUAUCUUAAUAUCUCGCCACACACACUAAUUUCCUUUUCUCUCUCUCUCUCUGUCUCUUCCCGUGCCCUCACAGACAUACAUACAUACAACUCAACUCUAAGUUUGAAACGGUCCGAUCAAUUCAAUGAGAGCGGGACUAAGCACCAUCCAGCAAACCCUAACGGCGGAGGCGGCCAGCGUGCUCAACCACUCAAUCGCGGAGGCCGGCCGCCGGAACCAUGGACAGACGACGCCGCUCCACGUGGCGGCGACGCUGCUGGCAUCCCCCUCGGGGUUCCUGCGGCAGGCCUGCAUAAAAUCGCACCCGAAUUCCUCCCACCCGCUCCAGUGCAGGGCGCUGGAGCUAUGCUUCAGCGUGGCCCUGGAGCGAUUGCCUACUUCGCAGAACACGAGCUCUUCCAUGGAGCCGCCAAUCUCGAACGCCCUGAUGGCGGCCCUGAAGCGGGCCCAGGCCCACCAGCGUCGAGGGUACCCGGAGCAGCAGCAGCAGCCUCUCCUGGCGGUCGCCGUGGGGGGCGCUUUGGGUAACAUGCAGCAACUCCCGCUCGCCGAGGCUGGCAGAGCCGCCGUCGCCGAGAUGGGACGCUUGGUCACUAAGUUUGGGGAAGGGGGCGCCGGCAGGCUCUGGUUGUUGGGUACUGCUACUUGUGAGACUUACUUGAGAUGCCAGGUUUAUCAUCCCACCAUGGAAAAUGAUUGGGAUCUUCAGGCAGUGCCGAUCACCACCAGAGCCCCUCUUCCUGGAAUCUUUCCCAGGCUUGGGACCAAUGGUAUUCUGGGUUCUUCGCUGGAGUCUUUGUCCCCGUUGAAGAACUUGCCCACUACGACAAUCACUCCACUGAGGCGUGCCUCUGAGAAUAUAGAUCCUGCUGCGGCAUCAAUUUGUUGUCCACAAUGUAUGCAGAGCUGCGAGCAAGAAGUGGCAGAAAUGUUGAAAGAAACUGAGAAACCUGAUACUGAACUCAAAUCAGAGUCAGCUCGACCGUCCCUUCCACAGUGGUUACAGAAUGCUAAAACUAAUAAUGAUAACGCCAAAGUAACGGAUCAGGCACAGAGUAACAACCAGGAAGGGAAUGUGAAGAAGAGGACUCAAGAAAUACAGAAGAAAUGGCUUGAUGCCUGCUCGAGUUUACAUCCUAAAUUUCAUCAGCUAAAUGGGAGCACAGAGAGGCUUAAUCCAACUCCUUUGUCAAUGACGGGCCUGUACAAUGUGAACUUGCUGGGGCGCCAAUUCCAACCCAAAAUACCUCUGAAUAAAAACUUAGGAACCUCUUUGCAAUUGAGCUCAAAUCCAAUGUCCAUCCACCCACCAGAGCCUGUAGUGAGCCAGCAGCAAAGUCCAGUAACAACCGACCUGGUCCUUGGGCAAACAAAGGCUGCUGAAGAAACACACAAAGAAAGCAUUAAUGACUUCUUGAGCUGCCUCUCUUCUGAGUCACAAGACAAGUUCGAUGAAUUGCAGAGCAAAAAACUACUCGAUGCGGACUCAUUCAAGAAGCUCCUGAAAGGCCUGACAGAAAAGGUGUGGUGGCAGCAGGAUGCAGCGUCAGCAGUGGCCACCACAGUGACCCAAUGCAAACUGGGGAAUGGAAAAAGACGAUCCAAGGGUGACACGUGGUUACUGUUCGUGGGCCCUGACAGAAUUGGCAAGAAGAAAAUGGCAGCAGCUCUUUCUGAGCUGGUAUCUGGGUCCAACCCAAUAAUAGUACCUCUGGCCCAACGCCGCGGGGAGGGAGGAGACUCUGAUGCCCCUCAUCUCCGUGGAAAAACGGCACUCGAUCGAAUAGCAGAGGCCAUCAGAAGGAACCCACUUGCUGUCAUCGUGCUCGAGGACAUUGAUGAAGCCAAUAUCCUUCUUCGCGGUAGCAUAAGAAGAGCCAUGGAACAAGGGCGGUUCCCGGAUUCUCACGGCCGUGAAAUCAGUCUUGGAAAUGUCAUGUUUAUCCUCACUGCUAAUUGGUUGCCGGAGGACCUCAGAUACCUUUCCAACGGGUCUCCACUGAACGAAGAAAAGCUUGAAAAUUUAGCGAAAGGAGGGUGGCAACUGCGCAUAUCAGUGGGUAAGAGAGCAUCAAAACGAAGACCCAGUUGGCUAUCCGAUGAAGACAGGUCCUUGAAGCCCCGGAAGGAGGCCAAUUCAGGGUUGUCGUUUGAUCUUAAUGAAGCUGCUGAUGAUGCAGAGGACGACAGGGGAGAUGGGUCACUCAAUUCAAGCGACUUCACAGUGGAACAUGAAGACAACAAUCACCAUGUCUCAGCAAUACCUCGCGAGCUGUUGGAUUCUGUGGACGAUGCCAUCGUCUUCAAGCCCUUGAAUUUUGAUAUCAUUCGGCGAAAUUUCUCCGCUUCCAUCGCCAAGAGGUUCUCGGCGGUGGUGGGGAAUGGGGUGUCGAUUGAAGUGCAGGAGGAGGCUCUUGACAAGAUCACCAGCGGAGUGUGGUUGGGCCAAACCACCAUUGAUGAAUGGAUGGACAAAGUGUUGGUUCCCAGUUUCCACCAACUGAAAAAGAAUAUGAAUUCAAAUACACAUGACCAUGAUGAGUCUUCCAUGCUGUUUAGGCUCGAAGACGACGGCUACUCCGAUCGCUGUGCCUCUCAAGAAUGGCUGCCUGCUGCUGUGAGAGUGGUGGCGGAAUAGUGUUCAAACUUCAAACACUGCUCAAUGGUCAUAUCCGUUUUGUUGGUGGUAGAAAUGUAAAUACAAACACUUUGGCACGGAAAAGUCAAAGCCGCUUAGUAGAACCAAGAAAAACCGUUACAAGGCUUGUCGGGGGUGUCAAUUUUUUUUCCCUUAGAAAAAGAUUAAUUAAUUUUUGCGUUAUAAACUUUAUAUUGUUUUUUUUUUCCUUUUGUAAGAAUAGGUAUAUUUAUUAAUUAAACUGAGAAUGAUCAUUAUAUUAAUAAAAGGGAGCAUUAAUUCCUGUUUUCCCCCUUUCA